AUGACGUACCUGGAAGUAACGCCUCAAACACAAGUUUCCGAGAAAUGGUUCCAAAUCACCGCCACUUUCUUUGUCACGUCAGUGAUUAACGGGGCCUCUAAGUUUUCGUUUUCGUUUAUUUUUCAUAUUAGAUAAACCAUUUGCACGAUGACGUCAUUUUACUACUACGACCAAAUGUGCAAAUUAGGGCUUUUCUUAUUCAAACCUCGCUGGGGUUACCAAAUUUAAUUGUAAAAAAAAAAAGAAAAGGAUUCUGGUCGUAGUAGUAAAAUGACGCCAUCGUGCAAAUGGCCUGUUACAUUGUUCAAUUCAGUUUUCCUGUUACCAUCCCUUCCCUGGGCAACUCACAGGUAAACCCGUUAUUUCGUUUUAGGGGUAGGGGGGAUGGGGUGAAUCGAAAAUAACUUGCCGGUCCUUAGUUGACUAGCCUGCGAAUACAGCCUUCUCUCCUUGCUGGCGGUGAGAGCGAGGGGAGCCUGCUGCAUUCGCAGGCUGUCAGUUGAUCCAAUACUAUAAGGAGCUUUAGUAACGACCGUGGCAAAGAGGACGUCAAAUAGCAAUAGGUUUAAUAAGAGAAACAAUAACUCUGUUCUUGCAUCGCACUUGUUUCAACAAUUCCUUGCCACCACUACAACUUUAAAUUCCCUGACGAGGGGUUUUAUGGAGGACUUUAACACACCGCAAAGAAUUUCUCCAUUUUUUCCUCUGAUCUCCUUGUAAACUUAGGCUUAGACUGUUCACAGUCCCUUAUUUUGCAACAUCGUCGAGAUCGAGUGCUUUGCGAUACGGGCGGUCAUCUUGGAUGCAAUGAGUGUCAAAUCUACUUAGGGGGCGGGGGACGGUUUGGGAGGAGGCGAGAAAACAGUCCUUCUAUUUUUCUCGCCUCCCUCCCCCACCACUAUAAACCCCGACGCCCUCCCCGGUACAUACGAAACCAAGAUGGCCGCCUGUACCGGCAAGGGCUGUAAGUGCUUGAUACUGACCGAAAAAAUAAGGGACUGUGAGCAGUCUAACUUAGGUUAGGUCCCCAAGAAUUUAAUUACAGGGAAAUUUACCUACAUUUCACAUUUUAAACGGGUUGAAAUAAUCCUACAAAGUUGGGAAAAAAUGCAAAGACUUUCUAACAGUAACGUUUUCCCUGCCAUCGCUGUUUUCGCACCUGGGUGCGUGGACAACAACCUCAUGAUUAGGGCUUCCUGCUUGGAAAAAGGAAAAGCACUGGGGACGAGGUUGGCGUGGUCAAGUCUACCUAUAUUUGACCAAGUGCUGGUUGGAGAUAAAACAUUCUUUAAACAAAUUGUCAAAGUAUAUUUAUUCAGCAACAGCUGUUGUUGCAAAAGGCUUCCGGCUACGCUCAAAUUACAAAAUAGAAACAUCAUUAUCUUUUGAUUUGGAACAUAACUUGCCUAGUCGCUGUACGGCGUCCUCCCAGGCCUUCUCGGUCAUUGCAUUUCGGUGACGUAUCCGGGACGAGAGGCCUCGGGACUAGGCAAAUACAUAACAAGAAUUCCAAGGGGAGAAAUUUCUGUGAUGGCAAGGGGUGAGGAAUAGGCCGCCAAGCCCAAUCCCCUGUGCUGUGCUGGGAGUGUCGUAACAGUCAAACUCAUUGUACCAUUAGUGAAUCGAUCGUUUGAGUUUUGGGACUCACAGUUUCGAUACAGUGGGAUACUGAGUCUUACGUUUAGCUUUAAUUCGUUUUUUUCACGACUGAAGUUUUUCUAGGACAAAAUUUGCUUUCAUUCGUUUCAUUCACAAACAAGAAAACCGGGAAAUAUCACACUGUAAGUUUGUUAGAUCCGCUAUAGUACCAGAGUGAUGCAAUUUAGCCUCACAGGCCUAAAGUGUGGUUCAUUCGGCCAUCUUGUGGUGCCAUUAAAACAAAGAAAACAGCCCGACUAGGGAACUACGUUAGCUUAAACUGAGACCAAUUUCUGCCCUUGACGAUUAGACUAUUUUGUUACUUAUUAAGAUAGCAAGAUUAGACCCUAAUGAGCUUCUGUAGUUUAGUAACCGAAAUGGACUGAAACUCUUUCUAAUUAACAGCACAUUUUUAGACGUCUGCUCACGCAGAGGGCGAAAGGAAGGAAAUUUGCACCUGCCUCUUAAAAGAAUAAAAUUGGGGUAAUCAACGUUUUAUUUAUCAUACCGUAACAUAUCCUUUUAUCGUGGUUUCAAUCUAAACUCCAGCGUGGACUUUAAUAGUUUUCAUAACUAUUUUUGUCUCCGGAUUGUAAAUAGAGUUCUAUACCACAAUUAUAGAUAUUUGAAAUUGCUCGAUAAGCUAUCCUGUGUAAAUAAUAAAUACGUAAAUAAAAUAAAAAACAAUUAAAUAAAGUUGGCUUGGAUGUUGUAAUCCAAUGUCUCCCAAAAUCGGUCUCUUUCACCGGAUAACGACUCUAAACAUUUUUAGGCAAACAAAUUUAUUAAUUAUCUUCUGUUGUAUGGCGUAGAGGUUUCGAAUGUUAAAGUAAAGGUAUCAUCAUUCUGGAAAAACGGACAACUAGCUGAGGUUUGUUCAGUUUAUUUCGUACUAAAGCGGCAAAAGACCCCCUACAUGUCAUGGCAAGAAUAUUUUAUUACGUUUUGAGCAGAUACUUUAUAAACAAAAUUUUAGUUUUGAUUUCAUACUUGUUCAAGCUCAGAUCACAUACGUGAUCACAAUCGUUUAUUUAGCAAGUGGCAGAGACAAGUCGAAGAUUUUUUCCAAGGUUGUCCAUAUUUACCACAGAGUUCUGGAGAAUCAACAAAAGGAACCACUUAAAGAUUCUCAGUGCUAAAAGGUUAAAGUUCAAGAAAGGUAAUUACACUACGCUGAGAAACAAGGUUUGAUACUUUUUCUAGGUUAUUAAAAAUGAUCGUAAGGAAAAGUGCGGAUCAUUUCAUUCGAAAUGAUAGAAACAUUAGGAUAAUUCUAGAAAUGGUUUUCUAACAUAAGCGUUACACUUUGUGUCGUAAAACUUCAUUCAGAAGUUUUGUUUAAAUAAUUUAGGCUGAUUUAGGAUAGUUUCAGGAUAAAGAAGAUUAAAUUGGCCAAAUGUUCAGAGGAAAAGAAACCAAAGACGGUCCCUUCUACGGAAAUAUUGCAAAAAAUUAUUCAUUAUUCCAUUAUCGGCUUCAAAGAACGGUGAAUCCACCUCCACGAGAUGUUCACAAGGUUUCUUAUUGCAUGUAAAUGUACUAUGUGUUCUGUUUUGUUGUACGAUUUUUUUAGCUGGAGAAAAUGUUUUUUGUUCCACUCUCUUUGACUGCUUCUUAAAACCGGCAUCGCGAAGUACUAAUCCUAAACAAUAUAUUUUUUUAAAACACAACUUUAAUGGUAGAUUUAUUUAAAUUACUUUGUUUGAACGUAAGGAGCAUAAGUAAUUUCCAUCAAAGAAGAACUGUGUUCACCUGGUGUGGUAAAAGAAAGGUUGACAUAAUAUUCCAGCAAGAAACGCAUUCAAAAGAGGAUUCGGAAAAAAAAAAAUGAACAAAUGAAUGGAGCAAACGUUUUUGUUUUUGUUUUUUUUUUCCCCAUUGUAGCCCAAAUUCGUACUGAUUAAGAAUAAUUCUAAUUUUGUAAUCAAAAAAUCCAUUAUUGAUCCCCAGUGAAGAUUUAUUUUUUUGAGGGUAGACAUUUCGUAGUAUGUUAGUUUAUUUAUUUCACAGAAUACAGAGAAUACACAAAAGCAAUGUGGUGAGGAAUCCCAAAACGAACUGACCAUAAGCAACGUAUAGAUAUUGGGCUCCCUCAGAGUAUAAAAGUAUGAGUUUAUUAGGCCGGGAUCAAGUGUUUACUAAGUAAAUACAUAACAUUGAAACCGAUUAAAAGGUGGAUAACUAAUAUAAAUACGGUAUAAAUAAAGUAUAGUGACAAACGUGUAACCGAAAUAAUGGAACACUUUCGAGAACACAAUACAUAUUUACAAGGUUUAUAUCAUAAUCGGACCUAUUAUGAUCUCUUAAUGAUGGUCAAAAACCAAGCGUACCAACUAUACCAAGCGUACGGCUACAAGUUUGAAACUGUAUCCUAGCAACUUGCAGUUCACGCUCAAUAAAGACCUUUCUCGAUUCAUGCCGAGUUUUGGUACUUUUACUAAUUUUAAGGCGCUUUUUUCAGUGGUGUCGACAAAUUUUCCCUAUUUGGUCCAUAUAAAAAGUGGAAAAAACGGUGAAAAGGUCUAUUUUAACUGUUCUAAUUACGCCGGAUUUCAUUAUCUGCAUCUGGUACCACAUCUGCAUUCCUGCAUAACCUUUAGGCUAUAAAUUCUCUAAAUCAGGACAGAUUGCGGAAAAUACACCUUAGAUUCCUUUGAAGACAUAAAUAUAUCGAGUUGAAAAAGAAAACUGAGCGGACGAGAAUUUAAACUACCUGGCGUGUGAAUGCAAUGUCAUUAUGAAUGCAAUAGCAUGAAGAAAUAAAUAUGAUAUUAAAACGACUGUUGAACCAUUAAUAGAACCUAUAUAGGCCUACGCUAGCCUCCCACGCAGGCGUUUUUAGGGGAGCUCGUAUUUCUCGGUUGAGCAGGCGUUUGUGGCGAGGGACGAAACACGAGCUCCCCUAAAAACGCCUGCGUGGGAAUCUAGGCCAACGCUUGAUCAGUUGGAAACCAAGAUCGAGGUUUGAUCAUUUUACUGCAAACGCCAAACGCGGUUUGAGGUUAACGGUUUCCCGUUACCCGUCCUAAGAUUCGCUGGCAUUGCGGCUGCCAUGUUUGCUUUCACUCAUCCACUUCCUCCUAUUUUAGCUGAGGAAUUGUCUUCAAAAUUACGUUUUUUUAUACAGAAUUCGUUAAUAUUUCUUCUCAAACGUGGGAUUGUGAUGUUUUAGGGUGUAAAAAACCUUGAGGUAAAUCAAUUAGCUCUGGAUCGUGGUCUAGCCGUUCCAACGCGAAAACGUCAAACCGCAAACCUGACGACAAGGCCCUGGUCACGUGACUUCCUGACGUUCGCUGUUCGCAGGAAAUGCCGAAAACCUCAAUCUUAAGGUUUCUACUUUUGAAUUUAUUCUCCUCACGGAGACCUAUGUAGUCAACUCUCAUUCAGUGAACCCGCGCCGUAUGAUUCCUUUUUUCGCAUUCCCUUCAACCUUGGAACCAAAAUAGGUCUAAAUAUUAUUAGUAUUAUUAUCAGCGUAGGAAUGUUUACUCUUCCUGUCUGCUUGACGUCUCAAUUAACAUAUCUGAAACUCGUAAGCAAAAAAAGAGUGUAUUAAAAAUGCACCUUGUGCGAUCAAGCGAUACUGAGGGAAGUGCUCUACUACAACUCAGCGAUAAGGGUAGGGCUUUAUUAUACAUAUUUUCUUCUCACUGAUUUUAAAUAUUCACAGGUACAUCUGAUGAAAUGCGAUAAUUUUAGGAAUCAAGGUAAAUCGAGAUCCACUUUGGACAUUCAGAACAGGGCUAACUGAACUGGAACUUGAUUCGCACUCAGUUUGCUAACCCUAACCGGUUUAGUCUUUCGGCGUUCUGUAAAAUACAGUGGCGCCUAUUUCUGUUCUUAUACCACUUCAUGAGAAAUUUCUGCAAUUUGAUUGGCUUAGAGCAGUGGUAUUUCAGCUUAUUUUGAAAUGUCUACAUGUGAAAAUUACAAACCAAGGGCACCCAAAGACGGUUUCCUCUUAAAUACAUUGAAAACACUUUUUAGGCUAUCCAGAGUACUUUUAGAUAUCUAGAUAUGCAUUCUAAGCGUCGCUAUAAAAUUUGUCAUACAUAUUUCAAAAUUGUCUCAAAUUUAUAAUAUAGUAUAACAAUUUUGAAAUAUCACUCGUGGUAUUUAUGCCAAAUAUCACUACAAAUCAUGCUAUUACCUAUACUAAUAUUGGUAUAUAUUCAUUUAUGGGAAAGCAUUUUACGCAAUUUAGCCUUCAGAGUUUUUAAAAAAUUGUUCGAAACAUUGAUAUAUAAGUCACGUAAAAAGACUCCACUAAACAGAGGUUAUCAGUAAUGUCAUCAAAAGGCAUUCAUACACACCAAAGAUUAAUCAAAAGGUUUUAACUUUCAACAUCAGUGGUUUUUCAGUCUGUAACUGUUCUUAGCUUAAGUCAGUAGGUGAGCGUUUGCGAAAUAAAUCUACUGGUACAGGACGUCCUCGGGGAAUGCUGUGGUGUCCGCUUAAUACAGGGAGUCCGCUUAAUAAGGUUUCGAUAGAUAAUGUCAUAUGAGGAGUCAAAUGCGUGGAAACGUUUAGAAUACUUCCAGAGACUAUGACGAUAUACGUUUGCAUAAAUUUCUUUACUAAAGUGGACUAAUUGACCGUAGUACCUUUAACAUAGAUAGCAACUCAAAUUUGAAGAAAUCGGAUGAGUGAAACAAGCUCUAUACAAACAAAACGAAAUAGAAAACAAUAUUCUACUGUACUGUAUUCAACAGUGUGUGAAGCAAAUUAAAUGCCGUUCGUCAAGUCACGUUUUUUCUUUUUUUUGUUUUUGAAAAAGAAAGCUGAGCGGACGCGUGUGAAUACACUGUUCAUUACGAAUGCAAAAGAAUGAAGAAAUAAAUAUGAUAGCAUAUAUAGACGACUGCAGAGAGGUAAACGGGUUCCAGUUUCAACAAACGACCUAUUAAUAGAAUCUAUAUAGGUGGACGCCUGAUCAAUUAAUAAAUUAAUUUCGAUAUUUUCGAAUUUUUUCUCCUUUGUUCUGAGACCUAUUUAAAUUUAAAAAAAAUGAAUAGUCAUCUAUCAUUCAGUGAACCCGCUCCGUGUGAGUUGUCAGAUUUCCGCCAAUCAGCGCGAAGGAGAAGAGAAAUCGAACGUGAUAGUAAACAAACAUUGAAAAACACGUGCCAAGAGUAAUCACGCUAUUCCUAUUAUCAUAUCCUCCAAUCAACAUUUCGCGUCGAUUUUUUCGUUGGAUAUAUUUAAAUUCCAGAGACGUAGUUGCAAGCUCUCGUUCAGUUCCCGCCCCGCUGCCAGAACGCCCCGGAGAGCUUGCUCGCAGGUUAACCAACCUUCCCCACUUGACAGUACAGGAGCCUUACUUCAAAUUCUUUCAAUCAGGGGAAAAAAAAAUUCAAAACUUUACACAAAUAGAAAACGUUUCAAAAUUGGAUAUCUAUCCAGCAUGACCAAUGUACGUUUUGCAAAACUGAACAGGAAACAUUAUUCCCCAUUCUCUUUUACUGUCUGUACUCAAAUCUGUAAAUUUUCGCAACUUUGCGGACCUAUAUCUUCGCUCCCUAAAGAGUAUCAGUUUUAACUUUGGCACUUUUACUAACUUUAAGGCGCUUUUUUCAGUGGUGUCGACGGAUUUUCCCUAACUGGGACAUAUAAAAAGUUGAAAAACCGGUGAAAAGGUCCAUUUUAACUGUUCUAAUUACGCCGCUGCCGCUGGCCGCUGCAUUUGGUACCAGAUCUGCAUUCCUGCAUAAACUUUAGGGUACAAAUUCUCUAAAUCCGGACAGAUUGCGGAAAAUCGUUUACACCUUAGAUUCCUCUGAAGACAUAAAUAUAUCGAGUUGAAAAAGAAAGCUGAGCGGACGAAAAUUUAAACUACCUCGCGUGUGAAUGUACUGUUAGCUACUGUUCAUUACGAAUGCAGUAGAAUGAAGAAAUAAAUGUGAUAUAAUAAACGAUUGUAAAAGGGUAAACGGGUUUUAAUUUCAUAAAAUGAACCGUUAAUAGAACCUAUAUAUAGACCUAUAUAGGUGUACGCUUGAUCAGUUGUAAACCAGGAUCGAGGUUUGAUCAUUUUACUGCAAACGACGGUUUCCCGUUACCCGUCUUAAGAUUCGCUGUUAGUUGCUGGCGGCUGCCAUGUUUGCUUUCAUUCAUUCACUUACUCUUAUUUUAGCUGAGAAAUCGUCUUCAAAAUUAUGUUUUUUGUACAGAAUUCGUUAAUCAAUGAGCAAAAAAGAGUACUAAAAAGUUGUAUUUCUUCUCGAACGUGGGAUUGUGAUGUUUUAGGGUGCUAAAAACCUUGCGGUAAAUCGAUUACCUCUGGAUCGUGGUCUAGCCGUUCAAAUGUGAACCUCAAACCGCAAACCUGACGGCAAGGCCCUAGACACGUGAAUUCUUGAGGUUUCUAUUUUUAAAUUUAUUCUCCUUUGCUCCGAGACCUAUGUAAAUAGAAAAAAAAUCAAUGCUCAUCUCUCAUUCAAUGAAACUGCGCCGUGGGAUUCCUUUUGCCUUAUUUCCCUCAACCUUGGAACCAAAAUACAGUCGACUCCCUUUUGUAUAGCGGACACUAUAGGGACCUUGAGUAUGGUCCUCAUUAGCGGGAGUCCGUAUUAAAAAUAGCGGGAGUUUAUUUCAGUCAAUCGUCUGCAAAUUAUUUUUGCCUGGGAUGUAGCUGUUGUCCAUAUUAUCGGGGUGUUCGUUAUAGCGAGGUGUCCGGAAGGUUAGAGUUGACUGUAGAAUGGCAUUAGGCGAAAGUGAUUGGAUUGAAUAAUUUUUGACUUUAUUGAAUUUUGCUACAAACAGCUUGCCAUAUGUAGGUCUAAAUAUUAUUGUCAGUGUAGCAAUGUUUACUGUUUUCUGCUUGACUUCUCAAUUAACAUAUCUGAAGCUCGAAACAACUGAAAAAAGUGAAUUAAAAAUGCCACUUGUGCGAUCAAGCAAUACUGAGGGAAGUGCUUUACAACAACUCAGCGACAAGGGUAGGGCUUCAUUACAUAUAGUUUCUUCUCAUUCAUUUUAAAUGUUCAAUUCACAGGUCCAUGUAAUGAAAUGCGAUAAUUAUGUUUAGGAAACUGGGUUAAUCUAGAUCCACUUUUCGCACUUUGGACACUGAUACAGGGCUAACUGAACUGGAACUUGAUUCGCACUCAGUUUUCCAACCCUACCCUGUUUAGUCUUUAGGCGUUCUGUAAAAUACAGUGGCGCCUAUUUAUGUUUUAAUUUUGCUGUAUACUGAUUUAUGGAAAAGCUUUUACGCAGUUUAACUCUCAGAGUUUUUAAAAAAUUGUUCGAAACAUUCUUAUACAAGUCACGUAAAAAGACUCGACUAAGCAGAGGUCAUCAGUAAUGUCAUCAAAGGGUAUUACAUACACACCAAAGAUUAAUCAAAAGGUUUUAACUUUCAACGUUAGUGGUUUUUCAGUCUGUAACUGUUCUUAGCUUAAGUCAGUAGGUGAGCGUUUGCGAAAUACCCGGGGGGGGUACUCGCAGAAAAAUUGGGUAGGGGUGUGCGGCCCGCUUCCCAAAUCCCUUACCCUAUUUAUGACCAAAAUCUGCGAUUUUCCCUACCCUAUUUAUGACCUAACCAAAAAUUUGAUACCCUAUUUAUGACCUGACCCUUAAAUCAAUACCCUGUUUCAGACCUGCCUUAUAAUUAUUUCCCUAGUUCAGACCAAUGUUAAAGGAAAUGUUUAUCUGCUUUUAUUAGGUUAGGGGGACAUGAUAAGGAAAUAGCUUCUUCUAAAAAAGUGCAUUCAAGACUACAGUGCAAAAAUCGUUACCCUAUCUAUGACCAAAAUGGCGGCAAAAUAGCCAAAAUCGAUACCCAAUUUAUGACCAAAACGGCUGAAAAACCCUACCCUUUGGGGCCGCACAUACCUAUAUAGCCCAUAUUAGGGAGUACCCCCCCCGGGGCGAAAUAAAUCUGCCAUGUUCAACGAUGUGUGACGCAAAUUAAAUGCAGCUCGUCAAGUCACGUUUUUUAUUGUAAAGAGGAAAUCGAAAAAUUUUAGGGGGUGGCAAUCUUUUGCAUUUCCGGUGUCUGGCAUGUUGGGUGGUGGAAUUUAAUUCCAAGAGUCCGUUUAAUACAGGCUGGCAGCAAUAGAAAUGACCAUGAUUUCAGGUACUUUUUAGGUGUACUUUUUAGAAGAAAAUAUUGAAUUCAAUACUUUACACAAAUACAAAACGUUUCAAAAUUGGAUAUCUAUCCAGCAUGACAAAUGUACUUUUUGCAAAACUGAACAGGAAACAUUAUUCCCUAUUCUCUACAGUCAACUCUCUCUAAGACGGACAGCUUUGGGACCGGCACCAAAUGUCCGUCUUAGAGAGGUGUCCGUCUUAUAGAGAGUCAAAUAAAAGGAGUAAAGAAAGGCAGGGACAAACUCUAAGUGUCCGUUUUACAGAGGUGUCCGUCUUACAGAGGUGUCCGUUAGGAGAGAGUCGACUGUUUUACUGUCUGUACUCAAAUCUGUUUUGGAAAACUGUUAAACAGUAUUAUUUAACAAUAGCGAAGGGUUUCGAAGAUGCGUUGUGUUUACGAGACGUUAUAAUUGGAAUAACAAUGUCAUCAUGCCACUCGUUAAAUUAUGUGAUCAUGAUGUUAAUUGGUUAUCUAUAUUUAUGGGAUUGCAGAAAGAACCAGGUACUUACAAACAUCGAAGGUUUCAAAUUUAACGUUAACUUAACGUUUAAUUAUAUUUCCACCACGAACAAUAAAAUUAGAAACCUUUUAUCGAAAAUGUCCAAAAGACCUUUCUCCCCUUUAAUUUAGUGUGUAAAUAAAAUAGUAAAUUAUCUUUUAUUAUAUAUUUAUUCUGUAUUUUUUUAAAGUAAAAUUUUUUCAGAGUGUACUCUAAAUUAGCGUUACAUGUAAUUUCUCUUUUCAUCUACGUAAUUCAGUACUGAUUAACCGCUAUUUGUAGAAUAAGCCACUUUUUAGUCAGCUGUUAGUUUUGGCUACAAUGCAUACAAGUGGAAAUGUCUAUGUCGUAGUUAAUUUUUUAUCUGAGGUAAUUUUCAGGGUCGUAACAAGGUAUUUUUUUGCAACUGAUCCCACAUUAGGCCUUAAAUUUUGAUCCCUGAUCCCAAAAUUGUUGCAAAACUUUUUCAAUCAAUAAACUUUAUUUACCCUAAUAUCUUCUAAUAUCUUCGAGCCAACUACAUGGAUCCCUGAAUUCAAUCUGGGUUGGAUUUACUGCGUGUACUUCGUAAAAACUGAAAAAAAUUGUUCCUCUUUCUGAUUUCUUUUACAGUUGGUCACAUCAUUUACUGACGGGAGAAUUUAAAAGGUUGGUUCCAGUCCAGUCUGUUCUUUCGAGUUAUAAUUUCUAUCAUAAUACGUUCCACUUAGAGCUCUCAUUCAGGGCUCCUGUCUCAUUACAAUAUAUCUUGUAAUGAACUUUUAGUUUAGUGAUCUGUUCGGGCCGUUUUCGCCUUUCUUUUAAAAUGUGAUCAAUUCCGCAAUUCGCCUUCCCUGGCUCCAGAGGUGCGUUCUCAAAAUACCAAAUAUGAAAUAAACAGUGCUUACGGUUGAUAAGGCGUCCUGGACGGACCUCUGGUCACAAAAGCAAGCAACCUCAUUUCCAUGCGAUAAAUCAGUUAAGAAUUUGAACUGGGUCGCCGAUUGGUUACUCCCACGUCCGCAGGGAGUUAACGCUGUAACAGUGAACUUGAUUGGCUAAUUCGGAGAUCUCGGCCUUCAUGUUUACUUUUGAAAGUGUGGCAAAGAAAUCUCUGGCUAAACUUCGAAAUAAUUUAAGCGAACAUCCGACAACUUAAUCAAUGUUGCUCGAGGAAGAAGCUUUGUUUGAAUUUUUCCUACCAAAGGACGUACUUUGAAUGAAUGUGAUGAUUUCCUGUUAUGCUUUGUCUUGUUGGGCUCUGUUCUGCAUUCUCACGGAUAGUACCCUGGGUGUAAAAGGUUUUUCUUUUUUUCCUAAUUCCUGAUAGUUCACGGCGCGGUUUAUUUGCUAAAAAAUGCAGCAGAAUGAUGUUUUGUUUGGCAUAGCUGUUUUGCCUGGAAAUACUAAGUUUGCAAUCUCGUUCCCAGGGUUCUCUCCUACGCGCCCUACGAAGCGAGAGAGGGCGGGUAGAAGAGAACCCUGGGAACGAGGUUGCUAAGUUUGACCUGUACAGUAAUACAAGUGUCGCGGACCGGAAAUUCUUUUUCACAUACAGACUGUGUACUUCUCAGCUGACUUCUGUCCUUUUCAUGUACUUGAAACUUGAAGAGUACUAUUUUGGAAAAGAAUUUGUGACAAUUUUUAUAGCACUUUCCUUUCUAAGUAAGCUUUCGUACAAUUCUUUUUUCCUUCAUCGCAGAGAGUCACCCAUGAUCAAAUUUCAGCUGUCAGCGUCAAUGAAAACAAACAUGCACAUCACCUCCAAACCGGUUUGAUGAGAAAUAUGAUCCUAAAAUUGCAUGGAAAUGAGACUCGUAGCUCCGGUGACCAGAGGUGAUUUUUUCCUCUCGGCUUAGCCUGUGAGCAAGCUCUUCAUUUGGAACCCAGGGUAGAAUUCGCCAACAACACAAGCCAAAGAAAACAUCAACUUAGUCUAAGGUAAAAGGCGUUUGUUCUAGUUGUACACGUAACUUUGUCUCAGUCGUCGCCUUGGUAGCACCGGUUGACCAACUAAGUUCAGGUGUGCCGCAAGUCAUACAUCACCAUCUGACUAUCCUUUAAUACACGUUUCAUACCGGAUGUAAGUAGCCUGAAGGAGUACGCACGCGGGCAGAAAAGUUGUAGCGAUGAAGGCCGCCUAACCUAGGGGCAUACUCCCUCAGAAAAGUUUUAAAUUUAGGGUUUCAGAAAUGCAAUUUGCAGCGUUUUUUGCGGGACACUUGAAGUAAAUUAAUACGCAGGAAAAGUGAAGUAGCUUAAGUUGUUUAUUUUACCCAUCUGUGGUGUUGUUGGUAAGAUUCAGUGUUUAUGGGAAAAAAGAGAUCUCUUUGAGCAAAGAUUGGCUUGACCAACGAGUAGUACCUACAGAAUUCCACAAGACCAGGACGAUUAGAGAAUCCUUGUCGCCAACAUCAGUAAGAACAACAACAGCUUACAGAAUGCUAAUAUAACUCGCAAAAGGUGUAGCGACAUGAAAUUUGAACAAUCUAUCAUGGCUUCACAAUUUGCAACAAUUUAUUUCCAGACUAUAGGGAUUGUGUUUCCUGGAUUUUGGACGAUCCGGCCUAGCCUCUUGUAGGCUUUUAUCACAGAUCAGAGCUUCUCCCUAGCAGAAUAUUUAAUCAGAGCCGCAAGCUUUAUCAGUUUGCCAUAUCUUUCAUGACACUAGCUAUAGCUACUUUACAUUUGAAAGUAAUUUGCAUUUAGUGGCUUGAAAGUGAAUUUUUGAAUGAUGUUUUUGGGAUCUGGUAAAGGAAUUUUGGUAUAAAGGCUGCCACAUAUGGUCUCUUGAGGUUCGUCAGUAAAACGUGCAAAGGGUCAAGUACCUAGUGCAAAAAGAAAGUGAGAGGAUUUUGUCAAUUAAAAGAACUGCGUCUCUUAAGACAUCUUUGUUAAAUAUUUGCUUAGGGUGUCUGGCUUCAUCAUCACAUAAUAGGUUUAGAAAGAGGGAAAUUAGUCACUCUGGUAAAGGGCAAUGUCCAUUAAGUAAUUUUUUUCCAGAAUCCGCCGAAUUCGGCAAUUCUUUAGCUCUGUCCGUUUUAGCUCCAACAAACUGAGUCAACAGGUGAACAAGCAGAGAGUAAGUAAUGUGCUAAAAAAGGCAACAUAAGAUAAAUACAGUUAAAAAUCCAGGAAAGUAUUCACAAGUUUUGCAGACAAGCUAGUCCAGCAGAUCGGAUUGCAUUAGUACAGUUUAGUACCGGAUCGAAAUGUUACAGUAAAAAUACAACUGAAUUGAAAAAUGUUGGCAGGUUCCUACAAUUAAGGCGCAUUUCAGAAUGUUGUGGUCUGUUGUUAUGUCGGACAACCAGAUCACUGAUCACCUUACAGUAAUCCUAAUCCACGGCUUGUGAUCUUAGAUCCAGGCGCUGUGAUCCCUGAUCCCACCCAUUUUUUUCUGUUGGUCCCUGAUCCCAUAUACCUUGUUACGACCCUGUAAUUUUAAUUUUUCCUUUGUUUUAGAGGGCCGCAGGUUUGUCAGUUUACCGUUUAGGGUUAGCCUCUUUAAAUAAAGUUGAUACAUACAUACAUAUAUUAGCAUGCAUUACCAUAACCAAAAACAAAAGAAAAACAAAAAUUACCCGAAAUAAAAAAUAGCUGAUUCAAUAAAGGUUGCUUUGGGCUUUGGGAAUUGGGCAUUGGGAAGCUAUUGUUUGGUGGUCAUUUAAGUUAAUCAUUGCAUUGUUCCAUAUGCUCAAAUGCCCAACUACCAAAGGAACCUUUUUUAUUCAGCUGUAUAUAAUUGUGAGUAUGUUAUCAUAAAAAUUUUGUAGUCUGUUCUUGGUAAUUAGUGUAAUAACGUCUUGAAUAAAAAAAUACAUUGGAUUACAAACAAGAGAUGUGCAGAAAAACAGACUUGAUUUUUUUAGAAUUGUAUUUUCAAGUUUCAUUUUUAAGGACCUAGCUACUGUUUUCGUCAGUGUCACUGAGAGUGCUAAACCCAUCGCUUGGAACCCAGUACUGAGAGAGCCAUAGGCCAUAGCAUAGUUUUCCUCAGUGAUACAUUUCUUUAUUGGCACGAUUUAGACCCAAGGUGCGCUAAUUAGGGACUAAUAAUACUGAAACGCAACUAGAUUUCGUUAAUGACGCGGGGUGCCACGUUCUUAUCCAUUUUUUUCCUUUGUAGACAUCUUCAUGCCGGAGCACGGAUGCGAAAUUAAAAACGAAGGCCAUUAUCCGGAGGAUGGUAUUCCAGCCGCGCCUGUUGGAAAUUUGAGCGAGAAAUCGUGUUAUCCCAAGAUGGAUCCCACAGAGGUUUCAAGUUUCAUAGACGCACAGAGCAAAGUUCCAUUCGGUGAUAUUGAAAAAGAAAAAGGUACUCUUUUGGUUUGUGUGGAUUUUCGGUAGCAGGCAUUCAAGUAUCCUAAUACCAGUCAAGUUUUGGUUGGAGGAAUAAUAGAGCCCCUUCUAAUGAAAGCCUUUUUCACACCAAAGCCUUAACAUGUUUAAAAGUUGUUUAUAAGUUGAUUCCCUCCUAAAAGCUGCUUUCUGUCACGGGCCAAUCCGCGCUGGCAGAGAAAUUUGGAAUUGUCUUUGAAACAUCUCAACCAAAUAGUGUAUGGUGACAAUUUUUGUUUUGAAAAAAUUUAUCUGCACUGGAAACAAACUCUUAACAGGCCGUCACAUUUCUUAUUACUUAAUGGAAAGAAAAAUGGCUUUACAGCAAAUGAUUGACAAGGGAAAACAAUUUUUGGUUAUGUUUUAGUCAAGUCUGUUUUUCAUUUUUCAAAACCUGGUCCAAUUAAACAUGUUUAAUCGAUUUAAGUGGGGCCUAAGAUGAGGACUACUACGGGAACGAGAUUUUCUCAAUACUCAGUAGUGCGCACGCGUGAACCAUGAGUGUCAUUUUGGCCAAUCUCGACCCAGAGCUCUUCUGCGCAUGUAGAGGAGACAGAUCUUACGCGCGCAUUCCCAAACCCGUAAGCACUGGGGUCGAGAAUGCAUUUUGGCGGAAAAACGCGAUAAGAGAGGAGAAGUCGUUACAUCACGUUGCCUUGGUUGCCAUGGUUUCUUAAUCUCAACAAACCGUGGUCCUGCAGAUAUAACAGAAAAUAGCGAAAAGGUUGACAUGUAUUCCUGUGCAUGAUUACGCUCAGGAACAAAACGGUAUCCCAGACUUUUCUUCCAUCGUUCGACAAUCCAAAUGGCCGUCUCUGUCAAGAAAGAUUGUUUUGAUCCAGAAAUUUUGCUACAAUGGUAACCUGACGUCAGACUUCUCCUCUCUUAUUACGGUUGACUUUAGCGAGAAUAAAGACCUUAGGGAUUCUCCUAGACGAGGACUGAGAACGAGAUUGUUUCAAUACUUCGUCCGUGCGCGCGAGUGAACCAGCGUCAUUUUGGCGGGAAAACGCGACAGACAUUGUCGUUCUAGUACUACGGUGUAGCGAGAAUGACGCAGCGGCGGAAACAAGUCAUCAAAUGUUAAAAGUUGUAUCAUCUUGCGAUCGGGUGAGGGCUCAACCUCUUUCAAUAAAAUGACCCUGUUAACUUUUCUGGUGGAAAAAAGAACGAAAUGAAGCCUUCGGGCGUGUCUAUUUUUUUUAGAAUACUCGUCCUUGUAGUCUUUCUCAUUCUCGAAUCUAAAUAUCUUUAAUGGUAAGUGCAAAGACGAGUUUUGAAGCCAGCACGUUUGGUUAGUCAUCUGUAAAAGAGGUAUUAUGCCUUCUGUUUCUCUAUGGGGUGGUCAGAAACGAGACAAAAGACUGGGUGGGAGUUCUGGGGACUUGAAUGUCUCGAAAAUCCGAGAUUUAGUCUCUUGAACUCAAAACUUAAAAUUUCCCAUAACUAAUCACUUUAACAGUUGAUUUAGAAACACUAAAACGCCGUUGUAAGGUAGUCAAAGAAACUCAAGCUUUCGCCUGAAUCAAACUAGAGUACGGUCUUUAUCACAGUGCGGGGAACUAGGAAUGAGGUACCCUAUCACGACUUUCUAGUGCUCAAUUUUCUACGUGCAGCUCCUUCAUACGUGGGAAUCCACAUGGCGCAAACGUGCUUGUUGUUUUAUUCCCUCCCGCGAGAGGAGCACUGCCAUAUUUUACUUUCUCGCGAUAAAAAAUAAAAAUCAAUACCAUUCACAAAAAAAAGUCGCGAUUGGCUAGUAAAUAAUUGACAUGUUCACUUUUAUCGCUUAUUCUAUUGAAGAUUUCUUCCGAUAAUUUCCAGAAUCCAUUAGGCGAAUCAGGUUUAGAUAACUUAAAGAGGUCACGACCAGCCUUAAAGUCGUUGAUACUUGUUGAAUUUCGCACGCGUAGUGGCAGCUGGUUCCAAUAUUUGAUAACUCUAUUGUUAAGGACGUCAUGCGCUGAUCUUAAUGGAUGAUGAGAAGUGACAUUAACAUUACGAGUUUGAUAAGUUGUAGUCGUCCCAAACAUAUUGUGACCAUAGUUCACAAACCCGUUGAUUAUUUUGAAGGUCUCGAUUGCGUCACCACGCAUUCGACGUUCCAGACAGUAAAGUCGUUAAUCUGAGACGCAGUAAGAGAGGAGGCCCAUGCCCUCAGUUAUCCUGGUAAACUGUCUUUGGCAGUCCUCAAUUUCCAUUAUAAUACCCCAGUUCCCGUGUCUUGCGGUUGGGGCCCACACCUGCACUGUGUAUUCCAAAUGGGGUCUGACAAAAGCUUUGUAAAAUGGUAUUAGCACUUCUGGUUUCCUAGAUACAACAUUCCUAAUGAUCCAAGACGUCAUCUGGUUUGGUUUCCAAUCAUUCCUCUUAUUUGUUCCUGCCAACAAAGGGUAUCACCAGCUGAAACAACCACCCCCAGAUCUCUUUCCUUAUCAACCACUUGAAAGGGUGUAUGACCCAUCACGUGCUUACGGUCAGGUCUUUGUUCCGAUUUGAAGGUUUGUAGGGUUUACAAGUAGUUUAUUGUGGGUUAGGGUUUUGAAGUGAAACGAUUUCGGUCUAGAGUAGACUAUCUAAGCCACUGUUGUCACGUGCUGCCAAGGCAGGCAACUUCAAGUAACAAUGACAAGGGUUGACGUUUUCAGUUACCUUACAUGUAAGUGUAGUACAUUUUGAGGCGAAAGCUGAAUUUUCGCUACGUUUGGGGGUACUGAAACAAGGUAGAGGUUUUGCCUACAAGGUUUUCUUGUACCAUUAACAAAAAGGGUUUAAAGUCAUGUAAUCUAAGCCAGAGUCUAAUUUUACUCUACUGGAUUCUCGUUCAAUAAUGACUGAUGGAGGACUUUUCUUCUUUUUCUAGCCGUUAAAGAACCUUUUAAUCACAAAAUUCAGGAAAAGGAAAUAUGUCAAAUGCCUUUAAAAUGCCCGUUUAGUGGACAAAUUGGAGAAUUCAAGAUGAGACCACAAGAGCCGAAACAUAUGAGACUGAGGAAUUGGAUAGAAGAUUCCGAUUCAGUUGACACCCUUCAUCAAAAAGCAAUAGAAGUAAGUGGGUUAUAGACCUUCACCAAAGUUCUCUUUAUUAAAAAGGAAUCAUUAAAUCUCUUAACGAUUUCCCGAGUGAUUGCAGUCUAAAUGUGAAACAUAAGUUUCCCCUGCAACUGAGCUAAUUCCAGUUAGUUUAUUACGGAAAAUGCGAAUAUGCAGGGUUAUUCAAAAUCAGUUGCUUUAUACAUGAAGCAAAUAAAGCGUUAGUACGGAAAGACGUUGCCCAUAAAACAUUUAGUUUGUUCUUAAUUUCCUUAGGGGCCAUGAGAAAAUUAUUUCAAAAGUUAAUAACUAAAAUCACAAAUUCAAGUGAGAGCAAUCUCUGUCCUCAGUCUACCUUUGAAUAGUUUCCAACACCCUUGGCAUCUGAAGGCGUUGUUCGUUUUGCUAGUCCAAAGCUAGAUUAUGUUGUUCUUGAAAAGACCUUUAAUUAAGCUUUCCAAGCCCUCAGGACUAAACUUUUUUUGUUAACCACAAAAAAAAAAAAAAACUUUUUCGGGAUAACGUUUUUGACAAACUGUCGCACGGAACACAGUUUGACAUCGCUCUUGGAAAUCAUGCAUUACGUGCGGAACCCACAGAUUAGUCAUUUAUCUGCCAUCCAGAAAAGAGAACUUCGUAUUAUGUAUUUCGGAGAGAGACACGAUGAUGCAAUUCCCCUAUCUUUUCAAGCUAACAUGCUUUAAAAUAAAUAUUAUUUGUCAUGAGUCUGUGUCUUUUUUAAAGAACGAUAUCAUUAACAAUUAUGUACUAUCAAAUCGGUUACAUAAAGAGCUCAUUAUGUUCUCUUGGUUACAUUUCAUGAGGAAAUGUCCAAGAUUUAUUCCAUCAACAGUUUUUGGUUAGGGAUACAAAAUCUUUCAUUCUUUCGGCCUUCCUCUGACGUGAUGCGUUCUCAGCUCCUUUCACCAAAUCUGUCGCCUGAGUGACUGGGAACAAAGGCGAUCGUCAACUUCCCCCUCUUCACAGGCACGAACUCACCUGUGGUCUAUCUUUCUAUGUAGCCUCUUCAUUGUACCAAUGGACGAUGCACAGGAUCUAUAAUGUUUCCAUACGGAGGUGAAAUACCUAAACAGAGGGCUUAUGGCAUACCAAGACACAAAGAUGAGGUCAAGAUUCAUGCGCAGGACUUUCUCGAGCAAUAUUACUCCUCUAUUAAUCUGUAAGUUUGAUGUUUGCACGAGACCCUGGAAACAAUCUCAACUCAUUUUAUUUGAGACCUCCCCUAGAUUACCACUUUAUGAACCCUUAACAAUUUCCUUAAAUAUUUGAUUUUCCUAUUUUCAGAACAAGAAGAAAAUGAAUAUCCCCAUCAUUUGUUAAAAGUACAAGAAACAUUGGUUCCCCUUACUGUUCAAUAAAGGCUAUUUUUAUAUAGCUGAAUCCUCGAGAGGGCAAGAUGAAGCGAAUCCUGCGUUCUGAUUUGCUACCCGAGCGGGCAAGAUGGGCUCGGGAUUUCCCGCGUUGGUUCCUCAAGAGAAAGUUCUCUUUUUGGCCAUAUAAUAAAUCCCUUAUUGACCAAAAUGGCUGUACAUUGGCCUCGGUUGUUUUUUAGCGUUUUUAUCAACCUCGACUGCGUCUUCGUCUAUAAAAACGCAAAAAAGAACUUCUUUAAUAUCCAGCCAUCUUGACCUCACGCUUGUUAAAUAAUGCAUAUAUAGAAUGUAAAAAAAUAUUUUCACAAUUUUUUUCCAGUUCCAAUAGUGAUGAUUAUCAGAACAGGCUGGUCGAGGUGAUAAAGUCCAUUGAAGAUACCGGAAGCUAUGAGAUGACGGAGAAGGAACUCAUUUUUGCCACCAAAACUGCAUGGAGAAAUGCCCCCAGAUGCAUCGGAAGAAUACAAUGGAACAAUCUUCAGGUACUGCUUUUGAAUACGCUAGAAAGAAGAUAGUCAUUUUAAAGUUACCGCAUACUUUCAAGGGUGUCUCCUGUCACAUAUAUCAAAUGAAAGCUUAUUGAACUGGCUCUCUUCAUAAACCGACAAUUCUUCGAACUUGCACUGCGGUUUUUUUUCUUUUUUUCUAUUUUAUGGCAGCGCCCGAAUCAGCUUUCGAAAGCUCUUUUGGUGCUCUUCAGCAGUCAACUUCUUUGCUGGGAACAAGUUUGUCACAUCGUGUCUAAUUCGAAUUGUCGUAUCUUAAAAUUCCUCCUCAUCAUCAUCACCAUCAUCAUUUUCAUCCUCAGCUUCCACUUUCAUCGAUACCACACAGUCUCGCCACAUGGUUUUUUUCUUAUUGCUCUCCAAAGUUCUUCAUAGACGAGCCAGGUAUCUCUUGAGAUUGAAUUGUCUUGGAAUAGCUUAAGGAUCUCCUCCUCCUUUUCGGGCACAGUAGUCUUCUGAGAAAAGAUAUAAGAAAUGUCUAGCCUGUUAUUUGGCCCCGAAGUAGAGGCCUGCAUAACGAGCUGUUCAAUUUGCCUUUGCCUUUGGUCGUUGAGAUAGGGGGGAUGCCCCCUACUCUAGUUUGGUCUUUCAUACGACUGUUAAAAACAAUUUAUCUUUUCUCAUCAGGUUUUUGAUGCUCGUCACGUGACUACCCCUGAAGGGAUGUUUGAGGCUCUGAAGACACAUUUGGAGUACGCGACAAAUGGCGGGAAUCUGAGUUCAGCUAUCACUAUUUUUCCACAAAGGAAAGAACCAAAUAAAGACUUCCGUGUGUGGAACUCUCAGCUUAUUAAAUAUGCUGGGUACAGACAGGCUGAUGGCACAGUGAUUGGAGAUCCAGCGAGUGUGGAUUUUACUGAGGUAUUUUACCUGCACACCGUACGAGUAGCUAUUCUGUAAACGUUUAUUCGUCAUUCGAACAUAAGAAUAAGAAGAUUGCGGUACUUUUCGAAGUGGCUUUUACACGGGUCUUAUGUUAGUAUGCGAUGUGACUUUGAUUUGGUAAAACAAUUGAAAAUAAACUAAACAAUGCAGCGCUUGUAUAACUUCACGGUUUUUUUUUUUUUGUUAAAGACAUUUGUUAAUGCCGAUAUGAGUUAUUGGGGAAAAUGACCUUAAAACGAAUUUUUAUACGUUUCUUUCCCUGCUCAUUUUGUUUUUUAAAAAAACGAUGGAAAAAAACGUACGUAGUGCCUCGUUAUUCGUAAAUGGAAAAAUUUAUGUAAGCACCACCCUCAAAUAAGCACCGCAAAUACCGAAAAGUCGAUACUGCAGCAAACUCCAGUUGUUAUUUUGCUUUUUUUUCGUAGGUUUGUCAGAUGCUGGGCUGGCAAGGCAAAGGGGGCAGAUUUGACAUACUCCCAUGGGUAUUACAAGCCAAUGGUGGACCACCAGAAUACUUUGAAAUCCCAGGAAAUCUAGUCCUCGAAGUAAAAAUUAAGCACCCAAAGUGAGUAUAUCAUCUAACAGAACUCAUCCAUAACAUGAAACUUAUUUCAAAAGGCAAAAAUCUGUUCUUUUGUCAGAUAUUCUUGGUUUGAAGAACUUGAGUUAAAGUGGUAUGCUCUGCCAGCGGUGGCCAACAUGAUGCUGGACGCGGGAGGCCUGGAAUUUACCGGUGCACCAUUUAAUGGAUGGUAAGUUGAACAAAUCGCUCAUUAAAGAUUUUAUGACCGUAAAAUUCCGAAAAUAAGCCCCGGGGCUUAUAUUUUUCAAAGGCCCUUUUUGAGGGCCUUAUUUUUGGAGGGGCUUAUGCACGGAGGGAAAUUUGCGUUGCAAACUCGAUUGGGCUAGCGUGUAGUGGGAAGGAAAUUUAACAUACUUUGUAUUCGAGGGCUGCCUUAGGGGGCUCAUAUUCGAGGGGUGAAUUUUACGGUAUUUUGUUUCGUAUUCGUUCCAGGCUUUUAACGACCUGUCCAAGGAAAUUCAACAAUACACCAAGCUAGUUACUUUUGCUACAAAAGACAGGAAAAACUGUGUUAAGCUCGUCGAAGAACGGACAUAAAACAAUGAUUUUCCAAAAUAAUCUAUACGUGAAAUGGGAUUCUCGUAAUCCUCCGUGAACUUACAUUUUGAUGUAUUUUGUUUUAUUCUUUUCGACACCCAUCAUACGAACACCAAAAUCUACCAAAAAAUGUAAGUUUAAGUUUUAAUGCCUAUUUUAUUUCCCGUGAAUUGUGAAAGGAAUGUUUUAUUUUUUGUGAAACCGGAUGCAGAACCCCCUUUCCCACCGUAAAACUAAACUUCAAAGUAAAUCGUUUACUUGUCGCCUAACGCACUUUAGGUACAUGUUGACAGAGAUUGGAUCCCGUGAUUUGGGAGAUCAGCAGCGUUACAAUAUGUUAGAGGUGAGUGGAUGAAGUAUGACUCAUGUGGAAACCUUGUUCCCGGUUUUCUCUCCUUCUUGUCCCCGGUCCAGACCGAGAGAGGGGCCGAGUACAUGAGAACCCGGGAAGCAGGUUUGCUUAGCUGACUCCUUCACAGAAAAGAGAAAUGGACGGUAUUUCCAACAAAAGAGUUUUAGGAAACUUUACAUGGUUUUAGUUUUGUUCUGGAAGAGAUUGUACGUUUCCAAAUUUUGGGACAUGAGUGUAUUUAACUAAAGUAUAACCUGGUUCCAGAAUUUUCCUUUCUUCUUUCUUCUCAAGCUAACUUGAGCCAUAAAGCGAGAGAAGUGAGAGGUUUCCCUCUUUUGCCGCUUUGCAGCUCACUGUCGUUUGUGAAUGAAGAAAAUGAAUUUAUAAAACCAGGAUAAGGUGACAACAAUGCGAUACAAUGAUUGGGGCAAAAGAUCCUACAUAGAAAAGGCUGCAAGUAACAAAUAGAAUGACUUGAGAAUUAAGAGGGCUGACAAAGUUAAAUGUACUCUCUUGUCUGUUUUUAAUAUUAGGUGGUAGCUAAGAACAUUGGUCUGGAUACCAAAAGUAACGCAUCAUUGUGGAAGGAUUUUGCAAUGGUGGAAUUGAACUAUGCCGUGAUGUACAGUUUCCAGGUAAGACAUUUAGGAUAGACGGCCAGAUCAAAUCCUUCGAGACAUGCUUUACGUGUGUGUGAUAACACAGGCUCUUGAAGCCUUGAAGCGUAUUUUCGGGAACGGGGAUUUGACCGAAGUACAGUACGCGAUUCGGGAAAACGGAAAAUUUCUUGACGGGGUAUAGGUUUUGAGCGCUACUCGGGAAGCGGGAUUCGCCAAAAUCUUGGAAGGGGAAGCAGAAUAGGGGAAAGAAAACCGUGCUCGCGAUAGAGCUGACAGACAUGGCUAAUGUAUCUGAUGAUGGGUGUGUAUUUUCUUUUGUUAGGAAGCUGGUGUUACUCUGGCUGAUCACCACUCCACAUCGGAGGCUUUCAUAAAACAUUUAAAAAAAGAAGUAAGUGUGUGUUUCUUUAUGGUGGACGCGGGGUGGGUCGAGCUAGUGGGUUAGGGCUUGAAGAAACUACUAAUCCCGACGGUCUUUGCGGCAAACAAAGGAGUAAUUAUAUCCCGAAUGAUCACUGACAUUUUGGUUUAGGGGGAAGGGAUGUGGCCCUCCCUCAUUUAAUUUGAGACAUAAAGGUAUGUGCUGGGCCCAAGGAAAAUUGGGUAUGGAUUCUAGAAGGCGCAACUAUUUUCUCCUUGAGAAGUGCAAUUUGAUCAGUUUGAAUCCGCUGAUUAGAAGCUCAUGCGACAGAAACAGCGUGCGUGCUGCAACGUUCUAGUCUGAAAUAGGUACCACAGGAAGCAUGGAGCGCACCUGCACCCACAUUUCCCAGAUCUUUCCCAUGGUGACCCAAAUCGCAGAGGAUUAGUCACCAACAUACGAGUGAUAAUUACUUGCCGUAAGGAGUUUUCAUUUUGGUAAUUCAAUUGUAAAUGACUCGAUAAUUACUUUGCCGUAUGGAUACAUUGUGAAUAUCUAGUAUGAAAAUCUAUAUCGAACAAAUUGACAUUUCCUCUUUUUGAACGAACACCUCUAUUACGUAGACACUGAUGUAAAAAAUUGUCCAUGCUUUUUAACACUCCAUAAGACGAACACCUCUCUAGACCGAAGCUAAGUGCUAGUAUCAGAGAAGCCGUGUCGGUCCUAGAGAGAGUUUAAUGUACAUUAAUAAUUGGAUAUCUGUUUUUCUAAUAUCCGUUUACCCAGUAAUUAACCUCACCCUUUACGUUUCAUUAUAGAUGAAACUGCGAGGUGGCUGUCCAGCGGAUUGGGUGUGGAUAGUUCCUCCAAUGUCGGGUAGUGCUACCUCUGUCUUUCACCAGGUACGUUUGAAGUAAAAGCCAAAAAAAAACUGUAGGAUUACUUUCUGACAAAGUUCUAUUAGGAAAAUAUGUUGCCUUACUUAUAACUUGUAUUGUCAUUCUUAUUUUAUUUUGCGUAGAAGAUACUGUUUAAUUGUGCUCUCAUAGUAGGAGACCCUCGGGACCAAUGCUAGCUAUCCCCAUCACAAGUUUAAUGUGAUCGAUCUCUAAGCGGGACACCCUCGGGACAAGCUGUUGUUCCCUUCCUUAGAAGCACGCAGCGUAAUCUCUCUUAUUCUUGAAUUCGGCAGCGUACCUUGAUAUAGUGUAUUUUCUUUUCAGGAAAUGCUGAAUUAUGCUUUAAAACCAAGCUACGAAUACCAGGUAAAUUUUCAUUUCUUUUCUUAUUAGAUAUGCCCAGAAGCAUAUCUGAUAUGCCAUAUUUGCUAUUUCAUAACAUCCGUGAAAGUGAUGAUUUUCUGAAAAAAAGUUUGCUGUUGUUACAGACUGAUCCCUGGAAGGUUUACAAUUUCACCGGACAGACCAAACGAAAUAUCUCUUUUAAGGCCUUGUGCAGGUAAGCAGGAUGUAAAGCGAUGUUUAGUCAAGCCAACGUAAUUUGCAAUCGCUGCCUUACGUCGCUUCAUUAAUCAUCCUCGCAGGCCAAGGGAAGCUGAUCUGGACGGAACAAAGAACGGGAAAGCCCUGGGUAAUUAAUCUUACCGAACUACUUUCAUAAACUUGUGUGUCCAAGCUUCUGAUUUUCCAGAAUAUAUUUUCUGGCCAAUCAGAAGCUUGGAAAUUGAAGUUUCUGGUUCGGAAAGAAAUAUUAGGGCUCUCCCGUCAUUAUUAGAGACCUUUAGAUUCUAAGACAAAGACCACUACGGGUACGAGAUUUUCUCAAUAGUAAGUAGUGCGCGAGCUUGAACCAGGGUCAUUUUGGCGAGAAAACGUGAUAACCGUCGUCAUUCUACUGCGAGUUUUAGUGAAGAUGUCGUGUUGGCGGAAACAAGUUAUCAAAAGUUAGAGGUUUUAUCAUUUUGCGCCGAUCGGGAGGGGGCUUAACCUCUUUCAACAAAGAUAACCGUGCCGAUUUUUUUUAAUGAAAAACAAAAGCAAAAUGAAGCUUUCCAGGGUGUCUAUUUUUUAGAAUACGUGGAAAAACUUUAAAUCAAAUCUCUUACUCGCAGUCAGUCUCGUUCUCGACUCUAAAGGCUUCUGUUCAUAUUGCAAACAAAUCGGCAUAAUUAUUCCGUCCCCAUCAGCUGACCAUUAGUGUCUAAAGAUGCUGUACGAUUAGUUGCAAAAUCUCCCGCCACUUUUUUAACCAAUCAGAAGCAAGGCCAAAAGCAUCUGUAAUAUACUCCCUUGCAUUUUCCCGCAUUUACGCUUGCUUCCGAUUGGUUCGUUGGAUUUGCUGCAUGUGUUACGAUUCACUAGAGUAAUAACCCUUGUUUCCAUUUCAUGUCGUUCCAAUGGCAAACGCUGCUGGAAAAUGCGAAUAAAUCGGUUUCAUGUUAGUAUCAGUUUCAGCCCUUGAAUGUCCUUCGUUGGACGUAGGCCUUCCUUAUUGACCUUCACUGAUCCACGUUUUGCGCGACGCGUUGCCAGCGCAUGAAACCAUCCAAGUCGUCCCUCCAUCUCGUCCUUGGUCAAAAAAAAGGAAACCGAUAUAACGGAAGCUUUAUAUUAUUUCUCUACAGAGGCAUUCGUUGUGCUGUUUCUCUUAUGAGAGAAAUUUUGUCCAAACGUAAGAAGGCCACCAUCCUGUUUGCUACUGAGACAGGCAGAUCUGAGGGUUUUGCUCGAAAUUUGGCUAAGCUGCUCUCAUACAACUUCGAUGUUAAGGUUUGUCAGUAUUUGUACCUAAGCCGGCCGGACUUAAAUCCUUUUUAUAUGAUGUAAAUCACAAGUUAACAUGAGAUAUAUCUCUGUUGGUAACAAACAUAUCAAGCUUUAACAACAUAUGAAUUGUUUUGGAGUUUGAAAACAACAGCAAUUACAAUUAGCAAUUGUAAAAGUUUUGUUAACUUAAAUUAUCCUCCCAGGCCAAACAUUGGUGUCAGUUUUCUCCAACAUAAUAUUGCACGCACCUUCCGUGUGAUAGUAAAAUAAUGGAGAUUACGUUCGCGGGAAUAAAAUGUUUGGGGCCUGACUCAGACUCAUUUUAGCCCAAGCCGCCACGCGUGCUAUUUCAUGUUAGAUCUUGCCGUCAGUUUUUCCUUUUGUUUUUAAAUACUCGCUUUCGCGCAUGCCUUGCGCCUGCAUUGAUCUAUAUGAUUGAUCCCUUAAAUUUCAUAAAACAUGGUUAUCAGGUUUGUUGUAUGGAUGAUUACAAGCAUGGCCAGCUUUCCCAAGAAAGUCUUUUGUUCGUGGUGGCGAGUACCUUUGGCAACGGAGAACCCCCAGAAAACGGUACAAGCUUUUCUGAUUCCCUAGAAAGUAUGAAGAAAAGCUCCGAUGCCAGACCCUUGAAAAAUCUCAGGUAAGCCCAGCUUUGUUCCUAACGACUGAUCCUCGGAGACCCAGGGGCAGUCAGUCGGGUCGAGAGAAAAGGAGCGACGAAAGUUCUCAAGAACAGGCGGAAAAGCCCCUGGGUAUGGACUGUCAUCAGACCAUUUCCAAACAGUCAAGCGAAUGCUGGCUCCUGAUUGGGCACAAAAAUGUUUUGUAUUAUUGUGCCCAAUCGGCGAACAGCAUCUCCUGAGUUCUUUUCGUGUGUUCGUACGCGAUGGCUAUUGUCUUGCCAUUCUUGUCCGGUUCGUUCACCAAAGUCCGCUUGAUUUAGUUCACCGCAUUGGAAAACUCUUUCAAGUAAAGGACAUUUUACCCUUGCUAUACUGAAUAAUUCUGAUGGUGUUUUGGCUGUAAACAAGAAUUGAUUAGGGAAGAACGUUGUAGGCAAUUGUGCUUGUCAUUUUUCUGGUCGUUUUUUACUUUUUCUAGUCAUUUACCGUUGCAUUCGAAGUAAACGGUGAAAAUGUGAUGCGUGCUCUUUGUUUUUGUAGAUAUUCAGUAUUCGGACUUGGAUCCAGACUCUAUAGUAAUUUCUGUGCCUUUGGUCACUUUGUGGAUGAUCAUCUACGGCAACUUGGGGCUCAGCCUAUUUUGCCUAUGGGGGAGGGGGACGAGUUGAGUGGUCAGGAGGAGUCGUUCCUAGAGUGGGCCAGGAACGCAUUCAAGGUAAAACUAGUAACAAAUCCAUAUUAUCUUGACUAUUUUGCUCUUAUGUUAAAGAAAAUUGGUUCAAUUUGGGUUUUUUAAUUCCUUUGCUUCUAGCACAAAUUUCUUUUCAUGCUAGACCAUUACGUCGUCUUAAUCGGAUGUACGUAUUAUCAGGAAGAUUAAGCGAAAAAAAACCCCGCGACGACAUUAAUGACGGCGCGCGCAGAUCUAAAAAGUUAAACCAAUGACAGAGCGGCAAAUAGGUCAUUUACACGAUAACGUCUUUUUACUAAUAAAAUGACGUCAUCGUGCAAAUGGCCUAUUGUCUACCAAAAAUCGCAAUCAGUCCCUCCACGCACUUUCGUAUUCACCGUCAUGUGACGUCACGAGAGUUUGCUAAAUAUGGUUAUUGACCAAGGUAUCGAAGCCACUGCGCAAUCACUGCGCCUAAGAAUCAGAUACUAAAUCAGCCCCUGCGACCACUCUUUGUUAAAAGAACAUUGAAGGUGAGUUAGUGAUACUGUCUUAUUUCAGGCGGCUUGUGAUUCGUUUGGCGUGAAGGAAGAAGCCGCGAACAAAGUGGUCAGUGAAUCACUGAAAAACAUGGCCACCGGGUGGAGUCCAGGCCACUAUCGUUGGGUAGAAGACCAGCGGAAAGCUAUGGACCCCUGCGCAAGUAAGUUCAUGAGGGGACGCUAUAUAAAACUAGCCUUUUACGUAAGAAGUUCUCUCAACUGAACAAGCAGGAGCCGAAAGAACGUUCGUUUCAUCUCGACGUUAACAAUGUCCUUUCAUGUUCUCCGUUAAAAACCGCGCUAUAACAGUGUAUACCCACACCUGUCUAAGCAACUUUUUAAUUAUGAGUUAGCAGUGUGUGCAAGGAAACUGUGUUUCGAUUGUUGAAAAGUAGUAUAUGACUGCAAAUGUGUGGAUUCACAGCGGCACUACUGUAAAAUAAGCCUUACAAACUUCUGGGCCACAAAGCCUUAUCAAGAUAUUGUGUAUUUAAAAUAGUUGCUCAGCAGCGAUGACGAAGUAAAUCCUGCUCAUGUUAUAUUGUUUUGUAUUCUAGAUCUUUCCAAAGCAUAUAACAAGAAAGUUUGCCCUGCAAAAGUUAUUUCAGUGAGUGAACUUCAGUCCAAGAAAUCCAGGUAUAAACUGCGGACUCCUCGUUGGUAAUUUUGUUGUGGGAUACAAAGGGUGCACUUUGUUUGCAUUGUGGACUUUGUAGGUUUUUAUCGUCUUUUCCGCGGGAUAUAUUGCUACUUAUUUCCAAGGAUAAAAUAAUUAUAGGGAUAGUAAAAUGACGUCAUCGUGAAAGUGGCCCAUUGCGAUCAGCUUCUGGUUUUUCCCGCGCUUUAUGUACAAUUGCCCUCAGUUGCCUGAAGUUCUGUGCCUGCUGUGACUGGGCAAUAUGACAAUCAGUUUUGAGUUUGAUUCUGGGACACCUAAGUGGCACUUAUUUGAAUCGAAACAUUGAAAGUUCCAUCGCAUUGUCUUAAUAAACCCUCUCAGUCCUGUACUUACUUUUCUUUUCAUCAGUCGUUCCACUAUUUUGGUGAAACUAGACAUCGAAGGAAAUAGAAAACAAUUGGCAUUUGAACCAGGAGAUCACGUGGCUAUAUUUCCCGCCAACAAAGCUGAUCUAGUGCAGCAGCUGAUUAACGUGACGCACGAUAAACCUGAUCCAAACCAACCAAUCAGGAUUGAAGUCGCUCGAGAGGAUUCAGGUAAACCACCAGCCAACGUUUAUGGUUAUUGCUGUUUGAAAUCAAUUCUGUGCCGAAGUCAUUACUUAGGGCCUGUUUACAUAGCCUGCGUAGCAAGCGUUUCCUCGCGAGGUUCGUCUAGGAAGCUAGGACAAGAGCUCGCGCAAUAACUCGAUUGGAAACGCUUGCUACGCAGGCUACUGUUUACAUGGAGGUGGGGGAUCGUAGAUAGAUGAGGGUUACCCCACCUAAGAGCGUUACCUCACCUACCUGGGGUCCCCCAUCUCCAUAUAAACAGGCCCUUAGUGACUUGGCCCAAAAAUAUAUUCCUCCUGUAGAGUUAUGAAGAAGAUAUCUAUGAAACAAAUUUUGUCAGGGAGUAAUAACCAUAAUAAUGUUUUUGGUGAUUUAAUAUGCGGGCCGAGAUAUUAUUUAAACUUGAAAAAAUUUGGCACACGUCUCAAUCCUUGUUGAUCCUUCCAGUUCUUAAAACAGACGACAGGAAAGAGUUUCAGUGCCUAAAUUUAGUCCUAAAGUAACAAAACUGGACCAUUACUUUUGGAAUUUAAUUGAUGCUAAGACAAGUUUUAGCUUUUUCGGAAAUAGCAGACUGCUCUACAUCAUCAUCAUCGUUAUCAUGUCUCAUCGCGCCAGUAGGCCCAAAAGGCCUCCACGCUGUUUGACCAACACUUUCUGUCUUGUGCUUCCGCUUUGGCUACUUCACAGCUUCACAUAGCCACUUUAAUUGUAUCAACGCUAAAUGUAGCCUGUUUGUUUUGUCUAGGCAAACAAAGCAGGUUAAAAACAUGGGAGCCGUUUCAUCGUUUUUCACCUGGAUGUACUUUGCGAGAGGCACUGACAAGGUACCUCGACAUAACAAGUAUUCCAACACCUCAGAUGCUUAGCUACCUUGCAAGACUGGUAAGUUGAUUGACAUGUCGUGUGCUUUUUAAAUCAUUUUGGCAUCCUUCAGUCUUCGGACUAUGGUUUCGUGCUCUGAUUUGCGGUUCUCGAACAUCGCCUUGCAUGGCUGGGAAGACCAAUUUGGGAAUGACAGUCCCUUCCGCACAUUGAGCUGAUGUGAUCAGUUGCUGCUGUGAUUUAGAGGUGGCAUAUCCACAUCGUGGUACUUCGUCUACUAUUCCUGGUCGAAUUGGAAUUUGGAAAUGUUAGUUUUUGAGGAGAGGGGAAAAACCCCAGCACCCGGACAAAAAGCUUUCGGAGCAAACGAGAGAACCAAGAACAAACUCAUUCACAUAUGGCGUCGACGCAGGGAUUUGAACCCGGGCAACAUUGGUUGGAGGGGAGUGCUAAUCCCUUACUCCCCAUUAUGGGGUGAGACUGUCCAGAGGCGGAUGUAGGAUUUUUGAUUGGAGGAGGGGAGAAGGGAUUAUUAUAUGCAUUUGGGGUGUGAAGUCGAAGUGUAUCUGGGAUAAGAAAUGAAGUACACAGCGCCCAAGAACCCUCCCCCCGGUUCUUGAUUGAACUUAGUGCCAAACGUGACAUAUUUUUGAUAAAACGAAUUUUUGAAAAAAUGGUUUGACUUUCAACUGUCAUAUGUUUUUUUAGGCAACAAACCCAUCAGAAAAAGAAAGACUCGAAGAGCUUGGCAAGGUAUAUAAAGCAAUUCAAUUCCGAAUUUGUUGCCAUACAAUUUCUAGAGAUAACAUUAUUGUAUUGUUUCUCGUGUUGUAAUUCAGGGUGGAAGACAGUAUGAGGACUGGGCUCAAAGCAAAGAGUGCAAUAUGCUGGAAACGCUGCAGGAGUUUCCUUCCGUGCAAGCAACCGCUGACCUAUUAAUGACGCAGCUGCCAGCUUUGCAACCGGUAAAAUAGAACACACGACUAUCAUAACACACCACCAACACCACCCCGAACGGAAGAGAUUUAUUUCAUUAAUAUGAAAUGAGGAAAAAGCUCACAAUUUACCUUUCAUAAAAAAACUAUAUAAGCUUGUUCAAAUCCGUUACAUAAAUACUAAAUACUUGUUCUUUUACAGAGGUUCUACUCAAUUUCGUCCUCCCUCGACGUUUAUGGAAACGAAAUUCACAUUACAGCUGCAGUAGUUGAAUAUUACAAAAGAGGUAAGUGAUUCUACCAAAACUAUUCAAGUUUGGCUAACUCGAGGAAAUACUAAUCGAUUCUUCAACCCCCCCCCCUCCCCCCCGCCCUUUACGUUAAAGAAGGUCAUUUUCCGAAUAUAUUCUCACGUGUCCGCUACGUAGGCAGGCUAUCAGGCUAAAUGUGUAGUUGAAGACGAUGACACGUAUCAUACACAACUGUUCAUCUUUUACAGGAGGUCAUGGACCACUUCAUCAAGGGGUGUGCUCCAAGUGGCUUCAGCAGCUGAAACCUGGAGACAUGGUUCCCUGUUACAUUAGACAGUAAGUCUUUAUGUUGAGUGAGUUGGCAUUUUUAGUGAUUUUCAUGAACCCAUAGGAUCUUUGACUGUUUUCAAGUGCCUUGUGAGACAGUCGUUCUCUUUUUGUUUUAUUUAGUGCUCAAGCCUUCCACCUUCCAUCGGAUGGCUCGGUGCCAGUUAUCCUGGUAGGGAAUGGGACGGGUAUCGCACCUUUCCGCUCAUUCUGGCAACAGAGAAUGUUUGAUAUUAACAACAAAUGUCCACCAAAGUCAGCAAUAACAGGUCAAAGACAGUGGGGAGACAUACGACUGUUUUUCGGCUGCAGAAAUCCGCAACACGACGAUAUCUAUCACGAUGAACUCCAGAACGCGGUGGAGAACAAAGCAUUGACUAGAGUAUCCACCGGAUACUCCAGAGACAAGAAAAAGCUAAAGGUAAAUCGACUAAAUUCUGCCCGUGUUACAGGUUUCAUAGAGAGGGGAAGUCGUUACGUCACAUUGCCGUGGUAACAGAAUUUCUGCAUGACAACAAACCGAAAAUGUCUCUUAAAAAGUGAAUUUGCACUGUUUCACACUUCAUCGAUCCUAUUCAUUUUCAUCUAAUUUGUCAAAUGUUGACAGAUUUUCUGGAGUUGAAUCCGAAAGGACCGUAUCAAGAGUCUAUCAAAGUUAAGAAAAAGAAAAAGAAAAAGAAAAUUUCUGUGUUUUGUUCACCUACUCCAUAAAGCGGCAAGUGAAAUUAGGAAGUUUCAUGUCGCAAUCGUGCAACGACGGCUAAAAAAGUAAAUGUAAAUAUAAAUGUAAAUGUAAAUGUAAAUGUAAAUGUAAAUGUAAAUGUCGCGAUUGAGAGGACAAACAUACAUGUCCUCUUUACAUAGCUUUUUUACAGUGGGCUCGGACAUCAGCAUACUAAGGGCGCCGAUGGCAGCCGCUAUCAGUCCAUUUAUGAGCCCACUGAACCCUCCCAGCCCAUGAUGAGUGAUGAUGUAAGUGAUGAAGAUAGACCACAACACCGGGAACUACGUCCCCUACUCUUUUCGAAUAGUGUGUGGGUUCUUUAACGUCCCACAGAGUUAUAUGUGAACAAGGUUUGUGAGACGGGACCUCCGGUUUAUCGUCCUUAUCCGAGAAGACUUGAAAGUCUAAUUAUUUGCAGAUGUCAUUACAAAGACAGCACUUUCUCCUCGGUUAUUUUUAAGACCCUGAGUGUUGGUCCGGCCAGGAUUCGAACUCGCGACCUCCCGCUCAGCAGACCGGCGCUCUCCCAACUGAGCUAACCGGGCGGCGGUUAAAAAAGGGACAGAAAAGCGUGAUGCGCGUGCAAAUUUGUUGUUUUGCUAUUAUAAACCUAUUAUUUUUGACGUGCUAAAGCUCCCUAUUGUUGUGAUCCGGAAAUUUGGCUACCUUGGUAACGUGACGUCACACUUCUCCUCUCCAUUAUAAAGCUCAAAGCUUUUUUAUAAUAUGGCUGUUUCCGCGAGAGGGCAAGAUGAAGCGAAUCCUGCGUUCCGAUUGGUUACCUGUCAGGGCAGGAUGAGUUGCUAAAUUUAUCCGGUAUUUACUAACAAGCUGUCUUAAUGCUGGCAUUGUUCUUGCUUUCUUUUUUUGCGUUUUACUGACUGAUAUUCCGGCAGCCAUCUUGAGCUCACACUUGGUCAAUAACCGUAUACUGCUACUCUGCACUGUCUUUUAAACUUUUUUAAGAAUUAAUACUGAUGAACAGAUUUAUUCAAAUUCAAGGCUAUUUAUGACUUGUGUUCGAAUACUCUUUCUUUGGGCAGUCAGUGCUGUUAUAUGAAGAAAUGAGAGUACAGUCAAUUUCGGGAACCCUUUUUUUGUUGAUGCUCUUUUGCUUUACGCACUAUGGGAAGGUCUUUUUAACUUGGAUUUCAAAGGAAGAUGCCCCUCAUACAAAAGUAUUAUGUACAGCACAAGAUACGAAGGGAAAAGAAGAUCUUGACAAGAGUCAUAAUAAAUCUACGCUUCAUUUCGAUUCACAGCGUUACGUUCAAGAUCUACUGAGAGAGGAAUUCCCCAACAUCUGCGAGCAGAUACUUGACAACGACGCGCAUGUGUACGUGUGUGGAGCCGCUGCCAUGGCUGAGGGCGUCAAUAAAACCUUGCAGGUAUUGUUUUGUAUAGGAUUUAUAGUUGAAUCUGAAUCUCCUGAUACAUUGCAUAUUGUUUCCAAACACUUUUCAACUUUCCGUGGAGGUAUACAUUCACCUAGAAAAUCACUCUUGAAAAAUCGAAAAAGAAGAAGAGAAGGACGUCUCCUUUUCCAUCAAACGAUUUCUUUUUUUCAUUCAUAUUUGCGACUGCUUAACCUGCGAAAACAUCCGUUCCUCCCAGCGGCGAAGAGCGAGGAGAAACGGAUGUUUUCGCAGACUAGCGACUGCUAAGUCUAAUUCUUAAAACCUCAUCUGUUGCCUUUUUUUUAAUUAACAGACUUUGAUCGCGGAUCGUCUUAAACUGUCUCCUGAGGAAGCAGUAGAAUUCAUACGGAAAAUGAAGGUAAAUAUUUAAGGAAAAGUCAGGCUCCUAUAAAACCCAUGACAUGUUUACAAUUAAUGCGAACGGUCAGGUAUUGUAAUACUCUUCUGUAAACCCAAAUUAUUCUUUAACCUUAAGAUGGAAGUUAAAAGAAUUAUUAAAGGCAUUAUUAUACAUUGGAAUCAACAUCUGUCUUGUAAUUCGCUAAGAGCCUACAGGUAAUUUUGGAAAUCAUGGUAACUUACGGAAUAGUUAGUUAUCUGCUAGCAGAUUAGUAAUUCCUCUGUAGAUAGCACGGGCAAUGCCUGAUUUCCAAGAGUAGUGUCAAACUGUGUUCUAUGCGAUGCUCUGUUUGUCCUUAUUUUAUUCAAAAUAAUGUAUAAUAAAACAACUUUUAGAUUCGGUUUUUGUGAUAUCCGGAAUAAUUAAGGUCUCGGUAAGAGUUAUCAACCUCGGCCUUCGGCUCGGCUGAUAACACUUACCUCAACCUUGAUUAUUCCGGAUAUCACAAAAUCUCAUCGAGUGAUUGUUUAUUAUUAAAAACUGAAUCAUUGGAUAAUGCAAGUCUAGGCAUCAUAGUGUAGGAGCCAUUAUACCAUGCUCUCCAAAUAUGGUAACUGUACGCAUCUACUUAAAAUUAAAAAGAAGCUGAAAAUCGGUUGUUUUAACAAAUAAAGUCGGGAAGAAUUCUCGAUAUUUUGUGUGCGUUUUUAAUAUUACAAUUGCUCCACUCGAACUUGUUGGAUAUCAGAUUAUUAUAGCCAACUCGGCGCUACGCGCCCCCUUGGCUUUCCACCAUCUCAUAUCCAACGCGCACUCGUGGAAUAAUUAUUAAAUAUUAUUAUUUACAUCAUAUUCCAGACUUCUAAUCGGUAUCACGAGGAUAUUUUUGGUGUAGCUCAGAGAAACAAGGCUGAGCCAAAGGAGUCGAGGUAA